GUGGGCUCGACACUCCUCAUCCCUUCUGCUCUCUGUGGAAGCACAUUGUUCAACGCGGGCUCAUUUUACCCAGAACCAAUGAAUGCCUUGGUGCAUUUUUGCUACUGAAAAUUAAACACUUUAUCGGAUAGAAUAAGGUGCAGGUAUUUGAAGACGGCGGGAAGCGGACCAGGAACAUUUUGUUUCCUUCAGAUACAGCUGAGAGGCAACAUAGUUGAAAGAUUUUUCCCCUUCUCCGGUAGACGAAACGUCGCUCUUGUCGCUAAUUAGACCUCUGCUUGUUCAGCGGUGUGUGUGUGGUGAGCAGCAGCGGCAAAGAUGACGGAGUAUAAGCUGGUGGUGGUGGGAGCAGGAGGUGUAGGCAAGAGUGCACUCACCAUCCAGCUCAUCCAGAACCACUUUGUGGAUGAAUAUGACCCCACCAUAGAGGACUCGUACAGGAAACAAGUUGUGAUUGACGGGGAGACGUGCCUGCUGGACAUUCUGGAUACUGCAGGUCAAGAGGAGUACAGUGCCAUGAGGGAUCAGUACAUGAGGACAGGGGAGGGUUUCCUCUGUGUCUUCGCUAUCAACAACACCAAGUCAUUUGAGGACAUUCAUCAGUACAGAGAACAGAUUAAACGUGUAAAGGACUCGGAUGAUGUUCCCAUGGUGCUUGUGGGUAAUAAAUGUGACCUCCCGGCACGCACAGUGGACACAAGGCAAGCCCAGGAACUUGCCCGCUCUUAUGGCAUCCCUUACAUCGAGACCUCUGCCAAAACACGACAGGGAGUAGAGGAUGCCUUCUACACACUGGUUAGGGAGAUCAGACAGCAUAAGCUGAGGAAGCUGAACCCACCUGAUGAGAGCGGUCAGGACUGUAUGAGCUGUCGCUGUGUGGUAUCGUGAUGCAGCUGAUUGUUGCACGUUGAGGAUAAAUUCUACAGCGCGUAGUGGAAGCAUGGACUUAAAGAUAGAAAGUUAAAAACAACUCAAUGAUGAAAUAUAAACUUUUUCUAAAAGAGGAUGAUUGAAGCAAAAGCUCUCAAGAAAAUCAUCAGAGCUGACUGAACCAUAGACCUUCAUGGAAAGGAGGAUUUGGACUGUUGCCUAAGUUGGCUAGCUGAACCAGCCUGGUCCGGCCCCUUUUUUUGGUCCACACGUCGACCUGUGAGCAACACCACUAAUGACUCUUUGUCAACUCCAGUGUGGCCUCGCUGGGUAGCUCAACAAGUUUCCUGCUAACUUAUUGUUUUCAGUCUCAACACUGGUCUUAAAGGGGGUGUCUCUGACCUCCUCCCACCUUGAAAGCCUAAUUCCACUCCCCCUGCCUGCCCACUGGAAGGACUGACUGAUGUAAAUGGAAAGGACUGGAAUAGACGUUUAUUUGCCCAAACAUGAGUAACCCCCCUCCCAUCCCACUCUACCUGCCUUUGGUGUCCCUCAAAUGGCUGUGUAGUCCCUUCAUUAUACUGGAUACAAGCGGUGGAGGCUGACAUGGGAAUGACUUUAAUUUUUUGUUGCUGUUUAACAGUUAGCCUAGCUGUACAAAAUCUUUGAUUUUGUUUUUGACAUGGAACAUUUUGUUUGUGAUUGCAGAAUCCGAAAGUCACAGAGCAAUAUGUGAGCAUGGGUAUUUAUUACAGGUGGCAACUGGUCUCACAUUGUUCAUGACCUGCCUGAUGUAGUUGGAAUUCCUUUUGGGAUAGAAAUGUUGAACGGAGAAUAUAAAGAUAAAUGGCGUCCCAGAAUGCAGCUGCCUUCUUUACUUUACUAUUUUUUUCUUUGCUACAGUAAGAAUCGUCUUUGUGGAAUAAUAAUAAUAGUAAUGGCUAGUGUAUGUAGGUGCUGGUGCAAUAGGAUUCUUUACUGUCCAAUUUACACAAAGUAUUGGGAAUAAACCACAUCUCAUUGCUACUUGUUUUACUUUGGUUCAGGAGGGAGGGGUACUGUGCGUGAAAAGUAGUUGUUGUCAUCUCUCCAGGUGCUAAUUCUGGAGAGGUUGCCUGUAGUAAAAAGGACGAAACCCCUGCACUUGUACAGUGAUUGAAUGACUGGUUUUAGAUAGAUUGUUUUUAUAACGGUAUGCUGUACACUUCUUAUUUACUACACGGUGAUAACAGCUAUUUUUAGAUUGCCAGAAUCACUCCUUGUGGAUAAUAAGGCUCAGGAAUCAGAGUCCAGGAAAGUCUAACCUAACAGUCCUGGAAAUCAGGGUUAAGGAUGUCACCAGUUAGCUUUGCAGAGUGUAACGCACAAGUCCUGCCUCAGAGUCGAACUUCAGUUUUUCCACACACCAUACUACCCUCAAACUGCUCCUUUUUUUUCUUCCACCUCAGCUCUACAAUGAAACCAUAACAGGUCAGGUGCUCAUCAUGUCAGAUCCAUAUACUGUAUAUUUGGGACUAUUGUGUGUAAUAGGUUAUGGAUAUUGGGUUAUGGGAGCGCAUUGCUUUGUUUAAAGACUAGCUUGUGCUCUCCACAACCGCAUUAAUUUGCUGCCUAAAUGAAAAAGACUGCUCUGUGUUUACUUUGCCUUAUCUGUUAGCUAGUUUGUACCUCAUGUAUGCAGCGAACUCUACCUGAGACGAUUAUGUUUUGGCUGCAUUGGUUUGUUUGUUUAAUUAUGUGUGCAACUAAAAAAUCUAGAAGUGUGUUGAGUUUAGACAUGCGCUGUUUAGAAUCUUAAACACAAGGCAAGCCCCUGAAAACACUACACUGAUGUUUUUUUAAAAAGGUUAUUUCCUCUAAUGGCAUGUGAGUCUGAAUGUGAUUCUGUUUAACAUGACUGAAACCAACAGUUACGUUUUUUUUCCUCUAAUGUUCAUAUGAAGUUUCAUUCCCAUAACAUUGAAAUAUGAUAGUGAUUACUAGAAAAUGUCCAAAUUAUACUUGAACAACUCAGCGAAUUGGUCAUGUAUGAUGUUUUAUGGAGUUCCAGACACUACAGGCAGGUUUUGGUAACAAGCUUAAGAUGCAAACCUCAAAGAAAUCUCAGACCUCUUCCAUGAAAGACAUCAAAUGUUAUUUUGCCAUUGUCUCCUCAAGGGAACCGAAAUGUUUAUUUCUGACCUAAUUGAUUUUGUACAGUUAAGGUGACUUUUUUUUCACUCAUAACAUGGCUUAAAGAAAUAUGAUCAGUCUAGUUACUGUGUGGAUGAUAGUGGUCAAGUUGUUAAGUGUUCAUUUCUCUGCUUGGAGGAAGAAUAUGAACUGUGAA